AUGUCGUCUGUCGAGCGCCACCACCCGUGGACGUGGGCCACGAUCAAGCUGCGCAUCUUUGCGUUCCUCUUCCGAUGCCUCGUCUUUCCAAAGCGAAUCCACAACUACCGCAGCCGUAGGGCGGGACCCGGGGUCGAAUUUGAGACCCUCUACGUACCCUCGCGGGACGAUGGCCGCACCAUCACCGUGGACCUGUACAAGCCAGAGGGCUCGGGCGCAAAGAAGCUGCCCGUGCAUAUCAACUGGCACGGAUCCGGCUUUCUGCUGCCGAGCCAUGGAGAGGACGUCGACUUCGUCAAGCAAGGCGUUCUCAAGACCGGAGCAGCGUUCGCCGAUGCCAACUACCGCAAGGCGCCCGCUCACCCCUUUCCGGCGCAGUCGAACGACGCCGAAGAUGUCGUCGCCUACUUCCUCUCCAAGCCCGAGGUCUACGACGUGAGCAAGGUCACCGUCGGUGGCUUCAGCGCCGGAGGCAGUCUAGCCCUCGGUGUAGCCACUCGAUUCGGCCCCUCGCGCAUCCGGGCUGCGGCGUGCAUUUACCCGCCGUGCGACUUCACGGUCCCGAUCGGCACCUCGCCCGUCGCAUGUCCCAAGCCACGGUCCGGCUUCCCGCUCCCGCCGUGGAUGAGCCGGCUGUUCAACGCGUGCUACAUCCUUCCGGGCACCGACCGCGCCGACCCGCGCCUCAGCCCCAUCAAGGCCGCCGCCUCCGACUUCCCCGACACCGUCUUUAUCGCCUGCGGCAACGGCGAUACGCUCUACGACGGCGGCAAGAGGACGAUCGAGAAGCUCCAGAGGGACGGCCACAAGCGCGCAGAGUUUAUGCACAUCGAAAACGAGGGACACGGCUUUGACAAGAUGGCGCGCCAUCCCGAGUCGAAGCGCAACAAGCAGCAGAUGUACGAUCGGCUCUACCAGGUCAUCCAGGAGAGCUGGUAG